AAAAAAACAUGGCGUCGGAACGUUUAGGAAUACAGGGAUUUCUCGACUCAAAAAUGUACGAAAAAGUACGACCUGUGUAUCCAAAAGAAGCAGUCAAAUCCCUUAUGACACAGUUAGGCGUUCUGAAAGAAAAUGGCGAAGCAUAUCCAGAUAAAACGUUCAAUAUUCUUGAACUUGGAGCAGGAACUGGCAAAUUUACGCGUGUAAUGGUAGACGUCCUCAAAGACGCGAAGGUUCGCAUAAUCGCUAGUGAUCCGGUGAAAAACAUGCGUGACCAGUUUAAAGAAGUUUUACCUGAUAUUGAGAUCAAACAAUUUUCAGCUGAAAAUAUAGACCUCAAAGAUGAAAGCAUGGAUGUAGUGCUAUCUGCGAACGCUUUUCAUUGGUAUGCUGACAAGAAAGAAAGUUUAAUAAAAAUAAGCCAAGUGUUGGCACCCAGAGGCAUGCUCGGCUUGAUUUGGACUUAUCCAGAUUGCCAAUCCCAGCCAUGGAUGCACGACAUCUACCAAUACUUUGACGAAUCUUACCUAAAACAGUGCGUUUUUGGGAUACCUCCUCUACAUCAAGAAGAAAUCCUCAAAGUGAUACCAUUGUCUGGGAAGUUUGGUAAACUUCAAAGUGAUUCUUUCAAGAGUUCUUUGGAUUACACUUCCAACAGCUUCUUUCAUUUAAUAUCGUCGUUCAGUGUCUUUAAGACUGCAAGCACACAAGAGAAAGUGGGCUUUGAAAAUUUCUUUGUGGAGCUAAUGAAAAAGUAUUUUGGCAAAGAUGGAAAUGAGUUSAGCUCUGUUGACUACGUUACGCCAGUAUACUGGUGUCAAAAAGUGAAAGCAUAAAACAUUUUUUAGUAACAAAGUAACUAGAAAGGAAGGUAGAGAAAGAAAGAGAUAGGGAGGGAGAGAAAAAGAAAGAUAGAAUGAGCAAAUAGGUCACAAUACGUGUCAAAAAGUUUGAGAACGUCUACAAAAAAUUGGGAUAACUUU